AACGCCACUUCUAUUUCCGGUUCUCACGUGACCCGGCGGUCUUCACGUGACCGCGCGCUCGGCCGGCGCCGGGAGUGAUGGCUGCGAGGUUGGCCCGCUUCUUGCUUGUGCUCGAGCUCGCGACAUACGGGCCGGGGUACGCGGGCGCCGCCAAGAUGAAAGUGGUGGAGGAGCCCAACACGUUCGGCCUGAACAACCCAUUCCUGCCCCAGACCAGUCGCCUGCAGCCCAAGAGAGAGCCGUCACCCGUUUCUGGGCCUGUGCAUCUCUUCAGACUCUCUGGCAAGUGCUUCAGCCUGGUGGAGUCCACGUACAAGUACGAGUUCUGCCCAUUCCACAAUGUGACCCAGCACGAGCAGACCUUCCGCUGGAAUGCCUACAGUGGGAUCCUCGGCAUCUGGCACGAGUGGGAAAUUGCCAACAACACCUUCAGGGGCAUGUGGAUGAGGGACGGUGACUCCUGCCACUCCCGGAGCCGGCAAAGCAAGGUGGAGCUUACCUGUGGAAAAAGCAACCGAUUAGCUCAUGUGUCUGAGCCAAGCACCUGUGUGUAUGCACUGACCUUCGAGACACCCCUUGUCUGCCAUCCCCACUCCUUGUUAGUGUACCCAGCCCUGCCCAUGGCCCUGCAGCAGAGGUGGGACCAGGUGGAACAGGACCUGGCUGACGAGCUAAUCACUCCCCAGGGACAUGAGAAGUUACUCAGGGCCCUUUUUGAAGACGCUGGCUAUUUAAAGACCCCAGAAGAAAGCGAAUCAGCACAACAGGAAGGCGGUGUUCAGGGCCCGGUGUUUGAAACGUUGGAGAGCUGCAAUAAGGCACAUAAGGAACUGUCGAAGGAAAUUAAAAGACUUAGAAGUGUGUUGACCCAACACGGCAUCCCCUACAGCAGUCCUUCAGAAACUUCCAGCUCUGAGCACUUGGGCUCCAAGACACCCACGGACAGAACUGCAGAGCAGCUACCAGGCAACACAGGGUUGCUUGGGAACACCCUCUGACCUGGGUUGGGGGAAGACAACCAGACUGGCACCCUGAAGCAGGAACGAGGAGCAGGCCCGGCCACAGUGCAGGGCGAGGGGUCCCGGGACAAGCACACUACAGGCAGAGGACGGGCUUCCUCUCUGCCUUCUAGGCCAGUGGCUCUCGGGGUUAUACAUGAAGAUGUGGACAAAUAAAGAUUCAAAGUUUUAAUUCCAUACUGAUAAAAAUAAUUCCAUGAAUUCUGUAAACCAUUGCAUAAAUGC